AUGGCUUUUUAUUGGAGCCUUUCCUCGCCUUUAGUACUUGUGUUUUUUCUAGGUUUCAUCCAUUUCUGGCCUUGCACAGCGGCAGCUGGUAAGUUACAUUGUGUUGCUCGGCUAAUUACGAAAGUAGUGAAGUGUCUCAAGAAGUGUCUCAUUUCACCUUCAUAUUUCCUAUUUCGUGUUAUCACGAUCACAUUCUGAUAUUCUCAGCAGAGAUCACAAAAGUAUCGUUUUGAACCAAAACAGCAUAAAGUUAAUAUGCUUCCGAUCGGACUAGCGAGACUUGUGGUAAAAUAGAAACCACUCUGAUGUAAAUUUCCCUUGUGAAAGACAGGAAGCGUUAAUCCUAUCAAGAACAGACACGCAACUUUAAUUGUUGACGAAUUUUGCGGGGAUUUGAAACUUCCUUAUAUUUCAAGUAACAAUGCACUUACACGUUACGAAUCGAGGCAUGCACUCAGAAGCUAACUUAAAAUUUUGCAAGCUGGUUUGCAGAUACAAUUCUUGCUCCCGGAUGUUAGAUGAGAAUUUGCAUGUGUAUAUAGUUCUGUAGACAUAUUCUAGCUAACUACGCCGUUCAGUACAAGCCGACCUUUUAAUAUCUUUUAUCUCUAUGUUUCGUAAAUGACAUCAGCGCUAAAAUAUUGCUUCAGGUGAGAAGGUCAGUCUGUUAAAAAUACGCUAUGUUCAACAGCGGCGAGGUUCCCGAAAGCGGAAGAAACCUUUCACGCACGACAUUAAUGAUAACCGAAGCUCUCCCGAAGGGGUUUCGUUUGUCAUCGAGUAUAUUCAAUCGAUAGUCCCUUAACCCUGUUUAAUUUUAUUCAUUUAAUCGCUAGCAAACUGCAGUAAAUACAGCGGCAUGUCGUGUAAAGAAUGCGUCGAACAAUCUGGG